CGCAAAUACGCACGUGUACGUGGCGCGAUGUAUCGCGAGACGCGAAUAUCGCGAUCUGUCAUGCCACCAGUCACACACCGUCACACCAACGAACCGACGUAGGCAGCAGACUUCAACCAGUAUUUGUCAAUAUUUGCGUGAUAACCAGAUAAUAUAGUCAUCGACUCUCCCUUCGACAUCGGAUUAAUUUCAAGGAAACUUCACAAAUCUCGCGUGUCGAUUGGUUUUGCGAGCGUUGCGCGAGACUCGAGGUCCGAGGAUGGAACGAAACUUAGUGAAAACAUUGGAUGACACGUAAGCGUUAUGGGGCAUAUAGGCAUGAUAAGGAAGGAAUCAUUGGCUGUAUUUUGGCUGAUCACGCUGGUCUCUGUCUUGGAGUUAAGGGCGAUGCAUCGAGUGACAGUGCUGGAUUGAUAGCGGCCAUAGCAGAUCUAGUUGCAAAAUUGGAACCAAAAUCUGGAUCACCAAUUAUAUCGCUUCAAAAUGAUAACAAGCAGUGUAUUAUACUUCGUAAGGAACCUGUAGUUGGUGCUAUAUAUAAAGAUAUCGACUUGAAGUAAUCACUAUUGUACAAGUGUGGCUGAAAUUUAUAAUAUUUAUAUCCAAAUGCAAUCUUUUUUUACAAAAAUAUUUAACUAUUAAGUAUAUGCGCAAAUUGUUAAUAAAAAG